AACAACAACUCAUCCACAGAGCAGAGGCACACUUUUCUGCUGAUUUUCUUCCUGUCAUUCUCUCUCAAUCUUUCUCAGAGCCCUAAUUUCAGCACGGCACCUCUCCACAUCCAUUCGCGCGUCGGCGGAGCGCACUCGGGGUGGAUUUCUUCUUCUUUGCGCUACUUUUGCAUACCGGCUCUGUUUCCCGUCUGAACUUAUUUGAUAGGUGCAGAACACCAUGGCCGUACCGGCUGCUCUGAUUCCCCCAUCGUCUCUGGUCCAGCCGUGUCCGAUCUCAACUUCAUCGUCAGCAUCAUCAGCAUCAUCAUCAUCAUGUUCCGCGACCGCAGCAUCAUCAUCCUCACCCUCGGCCACUUCUGUGUCUCCUUCUCAGUCAGCGACUCAGAAUCUGUUCCGCACGGAUCUGAUAAGCGCCAACACCAGCAGCAUCCCGCUGGCCGGCAAGCCCGUGUAUUCUACCCCGUCCCCCGUUGAAAACACCCCGCAGAAUAAUGAGUGUCGGAUGGUGGAGCUCAGGGGCGCCAAGGUGGCCUCUUUCACGGUGGACGGACAGGAGCUCAUCUGCCUGCCCCAGGCGUUUGACCUGUUUCUCAAACACCUGGUCGGGGGUCUGCACACCGUCUACACCAAACUCAAGCGGCUGGAGAUCACGCCGGUGGUGUGUAACGUGGAGCAGGUCCGCAUCCUGCGCGGACUGGGGGCCAUCCAGCCCGGGGUCAACCGCUGCAAACUCAUCUCCAGAAAAGACUUCGAGACCCUCUACAACGACUGCACUAAUGCCAGCUCAAGACCCGGGAGGCCUCCUAAACGGACCCAGAGUGUGACAUCGCCGGAGAACCCUCACAUCAUGCCUCACUCGGUGCCGGGCCUCAUGUCGCCGGGAAUCAUUCCCCCCACAGGCCUCACAGCCGCUGCUGCAGCAGCCGCAGCCGCCACCAACGCUGCCAUCGCAGAGGCCAUGAAAGUGAAGAAGAUCAAACUGGAGGUGAUGAGCAGCUACCAUGGAAGCAACACCCAGCAUGGGGUCGACUCAGAGAACGGAGACCUUAGCUCCAGUGUCGGCUUGGAACUGCCGUUUAUGAUGAUGCCCCACCCCCUGAUCCCUGUCAGCCUGCCUCCUGCAUCCGUCACCAUGGCGAUGAGUCAGAUGAACCACCUCAGCACCAUCGCCAAUAUGGCCGCCGCAGCACAGGGACAGAGUGCCCCAUCCCGAAUGGUGACAUCAGUGAUUAAGGAACGGGUCCCCGACAGUCCCUCCCCUGUCCCCUCUUUGGAAGACGGCAGGAGGCCGGGGAGCCGUCCCUCUUCCCAGCGCAGCAGCAGCGUCUCCAGCUCUCCCGCGCACACAGAGAGCUCCUCCGACAGAAUGCCUGUGCAUCACAAUGGACUGUCGAUGAACCAGGCAUUACUGGGCCUGUCUCCCAGCAUCUUACCCGGGCCUAAAGAGGGUGAUCUGGCAACUCACGACAUCGGCCAUGAGGCUAAGAGAAUGCACCUGGAGAAAGGCGGAAGGCAGGUCUGGGGAAUUGUUGGAGAGGGUGAUAAUGACAUUAAAACCACGGUGGAAAUCACUGGGCUGCACGUCCCCUGCUGGAUCUGCCCGGAGAGGAGACGCUGUGUAGGUCUCUCCCAUAGACCGAGCAAGCCUGCGAAACAAAAAGAAACCCCCAUGUGCACGCCAACAGCAAGAGACAGCUAUGAGAGGCUCUCGUUGGCAGGUCAGACUUUACCUCCAGGAUUCCCCUCACCCUUCCUCUUCCCUGAUGGCCUGUCAUCUAUAGAGACCCUUCUGACUAACAUACAGGGUUUGCUGAAGGUAGCAAUUGAUAACGCCCGCGCUCAGGAGAAACAAGUGCAGCUGGAGAAGACGGAGUUGAAGAUGGAGCUGUUUAGAGAGCGAGAGCUCAGAGAAACCCUGGAGAAACAACUGGCUGUUGAGCAGAAGAACAGAGCAAUCAUUCAGAAGCGAUUGAAGAAGGAGAAGAAAGCGAAGAGGAAAUUGCAGGAGGCGCUGGAAUACGAGUCAAAACGACGAGAGCAAGUGGAACAAUCCCUGAAACAGACAUCACCCACAGAAAGUCUCAGAUCACUCAAUGACUCGUUGACCCAGGAGAUAGAGACUGACCGCAGCAGUGGCAGAACAGAUGCUGAGAGGACAAUACAAGCAGAUGGAAGACUUUUUCUGAAAACCACAGUGAUGUACUAACACCAUGGCAUUGAAGACUGGCAGUGUGUAUCUUAUGAAGAUUCUCCAGAGUCCCCUCGCAGUGUAAUUUAGUUACAGAAACAGGUCAAUCGCUCAUAGAAGUGCAUCAAGGGUUUAUGCUUGGCCCAAUGUGGAAGACGGAUUGUGUCCAAAUGUAGUAUUAGGACUCUUAUUCUCACUGAUAUAAAUGUUAUAUUAUGCCAGAUGUGGGAUUGGAUAUGAUAAGCUGGCGAAGGCGACAAUUUGAGCACAGUAAAUUGUACUAUUCAGUACACUUGGUGGUAAUAUUUACAACAAAUUCACAGCACUGAAGAUUUUUUAUACUGUAUUUAAACCAGCGAGAAAGCUUCGAAAAUUCAAUCUGAUUCAGAGGUUUUGUUUUGUAUUAAAAAAAAGAAGAAUAAAAAAACACAAAUCCUUAAUGUCAUAAAUAUUUGCCAAGAUGUUAAAGAUCUAGACUUGGAGAACCUCUGAAAAUGUGAAUUUGAAUAUAUGUUGAUCAACAGAAAAGACUAAUAUUUGCUUUUAAUGUUUUCUAAACUAGAAGAAAAAAAAACAAUCAAGUUUCAUUUCUAUCAUUAUUGUAUAUACAAGAACAGAAGAUAGGUUAACUCAGUCAUUUUGGUAUUUGUAUAUAAUGUUAAAAGUUGGCAUUGUGUAUGCAGUAGAUCUAUUAGGAGAAUAAUAUCAACGUUUAUAUUGAAUUUAUAGAUUUGUUUUGUUUCUGAGCCAUCAUUCUUUCAAUUCGCUGCCACUAUGGUGAGGAAGCAUGCAGGCAUGUAAAUGUGUUGUCCUGAAUUCAUGUUAUUCAAUAAAUACUUAACUGUGCUGAACAAA